AUGCCCAGGUCGCCAGAGCACAGGGCGCGGGCAGCACCCGGAGAGCCCCCCACCCCCGGAGAGCCCCCCACGCCCCGGAGAGCCCCCCACGCCCCAGAGAGCCCCCCACCCCCGGAGAGCCCCCCACGCCCCGGAGAGCCCCCCACGCCCCGGAGAGCCCCCCCCAUGCCCGGAGAGCCCCUCACGCCCCGGAGAGCCCCCCCCGGGAGCCCCCCACGCCCCGGAGAGCCCCCCACGCCCCAGAGAGCCCCCCACACCCCAGAGAGCCCCCCACCCCCGGAGAGCCCCCCACGCCCCGGAGAGCCCCCCACGCCCCGGAGAGCCCCCCACGCCCCGGAGAGCCCCCACGCCCCAGAGAGCCCCCCCGGAGAGCCCCCCACGCCCCGGAGAGCCCCCCACGCUGCCUGCCGCCCGGCCCGCGCCCUUGGAACGCCUGGAUCCACACUCGGGCCCGGGCAGCGGUUUCACCUGGAGGAGGCCAGCAGAGCCUCGGCGAGCCCCACUCUGGGGGAGGCGGAGGCCCGGGCUGUGACUGGCUGUGAGGAAUCGCAGGGGCUUCCGCUCCUCCUCCCCCCGGGGUCCCCGACUCCUGCGAGCCCCUGGAGGGCGGAGGUCACGGCCAUGGCCGCCUGGCUCCCGAUGACCCCCGACCCCAGCAGGAGCGCGGGCGGCCGUCCCCCGCCCCGGGUGAGAGACGGGGUUUCCGGGGCGCGUAGGGGGCUGCCCCUGGCUCCCCGGGCACCCGCCUUCUUCGGUGCUGGCCCUCAGUUCUCACACGUGGGGCGGGGGGAACGGACGGCCGCCACCACGGCCGAGAGCAGAGGCCGAGGGUCAAGUACCAAGUACCGUGGCCUAAGUACCAAGUACCGCAGCCUAAGUACCCGGUACCGCGGCUUGCUCAGUACCGGUGCCGCAUCAGUCGGGGGGCACCCCGCGCCCUCGUUUGGCCGUCCAGUGUCAGCCCUGUCUUCAUCUCACAGGGGAGACAGCGGCUCCCGGCUGGCGUGA